AUGGCAUCGCGUAAGCUUCUCAUGGGCCUCACAGCCAAGAGGCGGCUACAAUCCCGCACUCAGCAACUAUUCUGGGCCACCAGUCUCCCUGAAGCUACCACCUCUCGGUCCCUCAUGGUGUCCGCUGCAAUGGCGCGGCUAUCGGGAAGGUCUCCAGCUGCUUUUCUCUUAUCUUCAAGGACCAUCUCAUCGACGCAGCCCGUGACACAGUCCGCAGGAGAUGUAUCUGGCUCUGGCUCAUCUGCAUUGGAGCACAAGUUGGCAAUGCAAGAGGAUGAGUUUCACAAAUUAGCAGAUGAGACGAUUCAUGAUUUGCUUGAAAAACUUGAGGAGUAUGGUGACUCCAUUCAGAUGGAUGGUUUCGACAUAGAGUACGGGAAUCAGGUUUUGACACUAAGGCUUCGGGAUUUGGGGACAUAUGUUAUAAACAAGCAAACGCCAAACAAACAAAUCUGGCUAUCUUCACCUGUGAGUGGGCCUUCUAGGUUUGAUUGGGAUGCAACAACUAAUGGUUGGAUAUACAAGAGGACUGGAGUGAACCUUGUGCAGCUGCUGGAGGAGGAGAUUGGUGAGCUCUGUGGUACUCCAUUUGGAAUAACUAACUUCCCCUCGCUGGUAACGGGACACAGUAUUAUUCAUCAGCUCAGGGCUCAGUCUGACCAUGAGGAUGCACUCCAUCUGAUCCAGCGCCCCAUCCCCGUCCAGGUCGCCUUCCUUCAUCAUCUCCAGGAGCUCAUCAUCCCGGAGCUGGCCAAGCCCGAGCCUGGCCGCGUUCUGCUUCAGGCUCCGGAACGUGAUCUUUCCUGCACGGAGGCGCCCUUGUCUGAGUCCAUGCUGGAAUUAUCCCGCGAGAUCAUAGCAAAGAUUGAAGACAUGGCAACGGUUGGCAAGAUUUGUGGACUUGUGGUUCGUAGUGGGUUAUGGAGGAGGUGGGUGUUUAUAUAA